CCAAUGCCGAGGCGGGAAUUUGCUUGUCUCAGCAAUUCGACGCGAACACGAAAAUGAAUCUUCUCCUGUCCGACGAUUACCUCCUUCAAGACUACCCCGAGAACAUAACCAACACUAUACGGUCUGGGCAUUCGACAUGUGUGCGCUUCAAUCGCAAGGGCGACUACCUUGCCUCUGGGCGCGUUGACGGUACCGUCGUGAUAUGGGACCUCGAGACGAUGGGCGUCGCGCGCAAACUCAGGGGUCAUUCUAAGAACAUUUCCUCGCUCAGCUGGUCGCGAUGCGGCAGGUAUCUGCUCUCCGCGUGUCAGGGUUGGAAGGCCAUUUUGUGGGAUCUUCAAGAUGGCACGCGAUAUCGCGAGGUUCGCUUUCGUGCCCCCGUCUACGGCGCGGAGCUUCACCCCUGGAACCCCCAUCAGUUUGCGGUUGCUCUAUUCGAGGAACAGCCGCUCUUAGUCGAUAUCACCGAACCCGUCGAUGUGCGAUACGUUCUACCAUCCGUCCCCAAGCGAGCGAAUGUCGAGACGGACGCCGCGCUAAAGGAGAAGCAUGCGAAAGAAGACGCACGGCAUAUGACGACAGCGAUCAUAUACACGGCGGCUGGGGAUCACAUUCUAGCGGGCACCAACAAGGGCCGGCUUAAUAUAAUUGAUGCGAAAACCCGAGAGAUCAUCUACUUCGAGAAGAUCUGCGGCGGGAUAGUAACAACACUACGUCUUACAGAAUCCGGCAAGGAUUUGCUUGUCAAUGCCCAAGACCGCAUCAUUAGGACAUUCCGGGUUCCGGAUUUAUCGGCAGCAGAUCUUGACCCUGACACGAUCCAGAUACCCCUGGAGCACAAGUUUCAAGACGUCGUCAACAGGUUAUCGUGGAACCACGUGGCGUUCAGCUCAACAGGAGAGUACGUGGCGGCUUCCACAUACAAUAACCACGAGUUAUAUAUCUGGGAACGCGGACACGGGAGUUUGGUAAGGAUGCUCGAGGGGCCGAAGGAGGAGCAGGGUGUCAUAGAAUGGCAUCCCCACAAGGCGCUCUUAGCCGCUUGCGGCCUGGAGACGGGGAGAAUCAAUAUAUGGUCCGUGACAAGUCCGCAGCGCUGGUCCGCUCUCGCCCCCGACUUUGUCGAGGUGGAGGAGAACGUGGAAUAUAUCGAGAAGGAAGACGAGUUCGACAUUCACCCCCAAGAGGAGAUCCAGAAGCGUAGACUGGACCAGGAAGAUGAGGACGUCGAUGUCCUGACUGUCGCAAACGGAGGGCUUGGGGAGGACGUGGAUGCAUUCCGUAUGCCUAUACUGUUUGACCUGGGCGAGUCAGAUAGCGAGGAGGAAUUUGUGAACGUAUCACUCGGCACCUUGAGGCGUAAGAGCCCCGGAGAUCAAGAAGAUGCCGAGGCGGCGGGAGAGGAGAGGGGUGGCAAAAAGCCCGCUGCAGGUGGAGGGAGAGGGAGGGGAAGAAAGAAGUGAUGCUCGCUCCACAGCCCAGAGAUACCCAACAAAGGGCUUGAAGCCCACCAAGUUUCGAAGAAUGCCGCAUCGCUGCCAAUUAUGAGAGUAGGUAGUGCGCUAGCCGUUCCUGUAGGGAGCUACAGCGUAAAAAUACCGUCAAAAGCCGCGAGAUAAAAAUGGUUGGCGCAUAUCAAGCUGGAAUCGCGAUGGUGCAAAUUGUGGUUGAGUCACCGGCGACGGAUGAGGCGUAAAGGGGUUUUAAGGGUAGAGGGCGUAUGUAUACUUGUAGGAUACAAGACGUAGCUUUGCAAUCGG